GUCAGUGUCCAUGUAUUAUUUCUUACAUCUUGCAUGUGGUAAAUCAUUACAUUAGAUAACAUUAUAGCCUACAAUUUAUGAAGCUUUGCAGUUCAUAUACAUUGACUGAGUGACCUGAUCAAGGCCAGUUGAAGAAGUAAGAUGGCCCUGAUUGGUUGGAAUAGUGUGAGAGGUAUUGCAAAACACUUAUCUAGGAACAGAUCAGCUGUUUGUAGCACAUGCAUAACCUGUAAGCCAGCAUUGCAGAGCAAGUUACAGUCUGUUUAUAUUUUACAAACUGCCAGUAUGUCGGGCUCCACCAAUGACACAUUAUACACCAAAGAGGUGAAAGGCUUCCUGGAUGACCUCUACAAACUUGUCAUGGAUGAGGCCAUGGUGAAGGGAACUGACAGAGCUGAGAAGGUUGUUGACUUCAAACACCCUGAAGAAUUAAAAGCAUUGUUGGGCUUAAGUAUAGGGGAGACAGGGGCAACUAAUGAGGAAUUAUUGGAGGCAUGUCGAAAGGCUAUAAAAUACAGUGUACAUACAGGACAUCCUUUGUUUAUAAACCAACUUUAUUGUGGAGGUGAUCCCUAUGGAAUAGCUGGAUCAUGGGUCGUUGAGGCUCUUAACACAAAUCAACAUACAUAUGAAGUUGCCCCAGCAUUCAUCCUCACAGAGGCAUUCAUUGUGGAGAAAAUGAAAAGUUUUGUGGGAUACAAAGGAGGAGAUGGCAUUUUCUCGCCAGGUGGCUCCCUGGCUAAUAUGUUUGGUAUACACCUUGCCCGAUUUAGCCAUGAAGAAUCCCUCAACUCAACUGGUCUCUUCAACUCCAAGAGACUCAUGUUAUUCACUUCUGAUGAGGCUCAUUAUUCAACAAGUAAAGGUAGUUCCUUCAUGGGGUUCGGGCGGGACUCUGUUGUCUCAAUUAAAACAGACAGCCAAGGUCGCAUGAUGGCAAGUGAUCUAGAGGAGAAGGUCAAUGAAUGUAUAGCCAAGGACUGUAUUCCUCUCUGUGUAGUGGCCACAUGUGGUACAACAGUACUAGGUGCCUAUGAUGAUCUUAAUGCUAUAGCAGAUGUAUGUGAAAAACACAAGAUGUGGAUGCACAUUGAUGCAGCCUGGGGUGGUAGUGCACUUCUGUCGAAGACUCAUAGAUCACUUAUGAGUGGAGUUGAAAGAAGUGACUCUAUACUAUGGAAUGCUCACAAAAUGAUGAAUGCCCAAGUCCAAUGCUCAAUGUUCCUUGUCAAGGAAAAGGGUCUGUUAGAGAGAUGUAAUUGUGGUAAUGCCACGUACCUCUUCCAACAAGACAAGUUUUAUGAUGUGUCUUAUGAUACAGGUGACAAGACCGUUCAGUGUGGCAGAAAAGCCGAAGCUUUUAAACUCUACCUAAUGUGGAAGGCUAAGGGAGACAAAGGAUUUGAGAUGCAGAUUGAUAAAGCCUUUGAUAAUGCAAGGUACUUGACUGAGAAGGUCAGGGCAACAGAAGGCUUUAGGCCUGUAUUACCAGAAUUUCAGUGCACAAACAUUUCAUUCUGGUACAUUCCCCCAAGUCUGAGAGGGCAGGAGGAGACACCAGAGUGGUGGGACAAAAUCAGCAAGGUUGCUCCCAAGAUCAAAGAAAGGAUGGUCAUGAAGGGCAAUAUGAUGAUUGGCUAUCAGCCUUUGAAAUACAGAAAUAUGGUCAAUUUCUUCCGAGUAAUUAUCCAAAGUCCAGCGUUGAACUACAAGGAUAUGGACUUUAUAGUUGAAGAAAUUGACAGGCUUGGCCAGGACUUGUAAGUGCUUUAGGGAGAUAGACUUUGAACAGUAAAUGUGUAUACUAUACAUAUAGUUAUGUACAUGUAUAUACAUUUAGGACAUUAAAAUGUACAUUCAUGUAUGAAUACACAUAUAUUUUACUGAUAUUACAGCAGGGUAUUCAGUAUAGGAAUCCUUUGUACAGUCUUAUAAAAAACAGUUUAUAUAAUUUAUAUAUUGAAUGAUCAGACUUUAUGUGUGCAUGCUGCACCAAUUACAUCCUCUGAACACAGGCUUCCAGAACUCGUACAUCCUUCUUCCAAGAAGGAAGGAACUUCGUGGAUGACGUCUGGAACCCUGUGAUCAGAGGAUGCACCAAUUAACUUAUCUGUCAGUUUAUAAAUCUAAAGAUUAGAUACCAUGUCUUAUAAUUUUAGUAUUUAAUUGAUAUGAUUUUAUACUCAACAGCUUUCUGACAUGUGCAAUAUAGAUUGAAUCAAUUGUGAUAUUAUUUUUACCACAUUAAUGUAGUCUGAAAGUGAUAUCUCACAACAUGCUUGAUUACUGGAUAAUAAUAAUAUUGGUUGGAAAAUCCAACUUGUUGCUUGUAAUUUUGUAUACAUCUGAUUCUAGGUCAAAAAGCAACAAUAAAAUAAAGGGCUGGUGUAAUAACUUUCCCAAUGUGAUUAGAAUUAUUUUUGAAUAAAAUACAACAUAACAUUACAAGUUGAUUUAAUUAUUAUUACUUUAUUGUAGAGUGGUUGUUUUGCAUGAUGUUUGUGUAUGAUAAUACUAUACACAUUGAAUUUGACAAAGCUUAAAUUAUUUGUACAUUUUAUAGAGCAUUACAUUAUUGAACAGGUCUAUUCUACACAAAUGCACAACUGUAACAUAACAGCCAUGUUGCAUUAACCAACACCAUGAAUGUAUUUUCUCAGAUUAAUUGUUGCAUAAAUAUAUGAGGCAUUAACAUGACAAAAUGUCACCAACAGUUAUUAGAAGUUGCAAGAAUUUGUUAUAGACACCGAACGCCAACCACAUUGGAAGUUGCAAGAAUUUGUUAUAGACACCGAACGCCAACCACAGUCCACAAAAAAGUUGGAUAUAAUAUCUGGUUUUGACAUAGUAAUCUAUCAACUUAGCCAUUUGGAUUCACUAGAGUGAGCAGUAACACUGUAAAGAUUUAGACCAAGAAAUGUAUUCAUGUGUCUAAGUGCCUCUAAUUAUGUGGAGUGGUCAAUCCACUUCCUUAAUUAUUUUCAUGAAUUUUUCCCAAUGGUUUACAUACUUAGAUAUGACAUGUUGAUGUCCUACGAUUUAAGCUGACAAGCUCUGUUCAACAUUGUGAUCUAAAAAUGUUUUGUCAUGGAAAAAAGACCUCACCAAAACCUAUGUGGUUUCCUUUCCUAUGUGAUUUCAAUAAAAUACUGUAAACAAUAUUGCCAAACAUAUAAAUAAGCAUGGAGUAUUAAAAAAUUGCACUUUCAUUUGGCAUGUAAAUGGUUACAAUGCAUUCCAAACAAUUACUUACAUUCUCACAGUUUUGCUUUGUAACAAUAAUACAGAGUAUUUACAAGGACAUAUCAUGUAUGUAACAGAUGCUGUUACUUAGAAGCAAUCCAUUAUUGUCCAUUAUUGCAUAUUAUAGUGUUCAAUGUACAUCGCACAUUUCAUAUUAUACAUCUUACAUUUUCCACAUAAGCAGUUAAUUGCACAAAAUUGUAUUGUAUUUUCACGCAUGUAGCAGCUGGCUACAUUGAGUGUGUGUAGCACAUUUCAUUUGUUUAAAGAAACAUGUAUCCACAAUAUAAUCAACAUAAAGAAUCAUGAGAGUAUUAGACUAGAA